GUUUUUAAAUCAGGCACAGCUGCGGUCUACCUAAACCCUCAUGGAAAAGGCGGAGUUUGGGGGCCUCAAAUCUCCCUUUCCGCCGUACCCGCCAUCUUGUUGAGACCGGGGUUUAAAACAUCAUGACGAACACCAGAGGCAAGAGGAGGGGGACGAGGUACAUGUUUAGCCGGCCAUUCCGCAAGCAUGGCCCGGUCCCUCUGUCCACAUACAUGCGCAUCUACAAGAAAGGAGACAUUGUUGAUAUCAAGGGCACAGGUACCAUUCAGAAAGGAAUGCCUCAUAAAUGCUACCAUGGGAAGACGGGACGUGUGUACAAUGUUACCCAGCAUGCCGUUGGCAUCAUUGUCAACAAGCAAGUCAAAGGAAAGAUCCUGGCCAAGAGGAUCAACGUGCGCAUUGAGCAUGUGAAGCACUCAAAGAGCAGAGACAGCUUCCUGCAGCGCGUCAAAGCCAACGAGGCCAAGAAACUGGAGGCCAAGCAGAAAGGCACCUGGGUGGAACUGAAACGCCAGCCUGCACCUCCCAGUGAAGCUCACUUUGUCAGCACAAAGAAAAAUGAGCCUCAGCUCCUGGAGCCCAUCCCUUACGAAUUCAUGGCAUAAAGUGCCCAAUAAAACAAAGAAAUUUGUACACAA